AUGCCGAAGAACAAAGGUGAGAAAAAGGAUUUGUCAUAUAUUCCACGAUCUUCGUAUUUUAAACUCUGUUUGUCUCAUUUUUACACAGGAAAGGGUGGUAAAAAUCGACGAAGGGGAAAGAACGAGAACGAGUCAGAGAAACGUGAACUUGUCUUUAAAGAAGAUGGUCAAGGUUUCUAGGCUUUUAUUUUCCUAUUUUCUUGACUUUUGAUUCGUUUCUAUUCUGAUUUUAUUUUUCUUUUGACUUUUGAAAAGAGUAUGCUCAAGUCUUGAAGAUGUUAGGAAAUGGAAGGUUGGAGGCACUUUGUUUCGAUGGGGCUAAGCGACUUUGUCAUAUUCGCGGAAAACUUCGCAAAAAGGUCGAGAAUCUUUUUAUUUGAAUGGAUUAUUUGAUUUUUUUUGACAUUUUUUUCGGUAUUUAAACUCCAUAAAAUCUAUUGCAAUAUCUGUAAUUUAUGGCCCUGUAAGCACUCCUACCUAUGUGCUUCAACUAUGGGUAGCUCGGUAAUUAUCAAUUAUAGGAAAGAGAAAAAGGCAAAAGAUGUAGUUAAAUUAAGUAACUUUACAAGCAUCAGAGCCUCUGUAUUUUGCAGGUCUGGAUCAAUACUGGUGAUAUUAUACUCCUUGGACUGCGUGAUUACCAGGUAUAGUUGACUGUUUUUAGAGAGAUUUAUUGAGCAUUAUAAUAUUUUAAAGAGAUCUUUAGAUUUCAAGGUUUGCCCAGGUCAUGGAAAAUGUGAAAAGCAAUGGAACUGAACAAUUGUAUCAAUUUCCAGGUCAGCAAUCCAUGAAAAAGAAUUUUUGGGUUUAGAAAGAUUUGAAAAUAUCAAGAGUAGUUCUCUUCUCAAACAGAUAGUACAAAAUAGCAAAGAGAAAAAAAAAGGUGUUAGUUCACAGACACAGAAAAGAGUCUUAGAAAGAAUCAUGGAUCAUAUCAAAAUGUUAUAUUCUUGAAUCAAUGUAACAAAUGUUGUUUAUACCUCUCUGAAUAUGUGUGUGGCAAAUUUCCAACUGAAACCCUGUUGGUAUGAGAAUUGGACAAGAAUGAUGAUGACUGGUUGAGGCAUUGUUAAAACCUGACUUUUUUUCGGGGGGCACUAAAAAAUAUUUAGUAACAGAGUAGUCUUGAAAUUUGGUGUUGCUUCAAAAUUAGCACCCUUUGGCUAAUGUUUUUGUGUCCUGACACAUAGAUGCUGUAUUAUUUUUUUAUAUCCUUACUAAAUCUCUGUAGCUGCUGUACAUUUUGAGUUUUAUAGGUUUUAAGAAACAUUGCAGCAUAUUCUCUUUGUUUCAAUUUAAAGGAUAACAAAGCAGAUGUCAUUUUGCGUUACAAUCCUGAUGAAGCACGGAACUUGAAGGCCUAUGGAGAGCUCCCAGACAAUAGUAAGUCAUUUCUUAGAAAUAGUGGAAUAAAAAUAUAAAAACUCUAAGAUUCUUGCUGGGCAAUUUGUUUUCCAGAAAUGGAGAAAUUAAAAAUCUUGGGAAACUGUGUUCCACUCAAACAUCAGUGAUGAAAUUCAGGUCUUCAGCAAUUUCAAUGUUUCUAUGUGAAAGAAAAUGCAGGCAUUUGAUUUUUGUUUUUCAAGUAUCUAGACCCUCUAAGAGGAUGUGAACAGUAACAAACCAUUUUGGAACAAAAUACUUCAAUUUUGUCUUGUUAUUGUGAUUGAAAAGAUACAGAUGAAUCGGAACUUCAUCUUGAUGUUAUUGUUUAAUCUGGAGUGGGUGAUGCAUUGGUGUAUCAAGUCAUAGAAUCCUUUCCUAUGCUAUUAGUAUCAAAUGAGUAUAAAGGAAUGUUCAGAGUCCAUCUCUUGUGCAGUACUUUUAAGUUUCUUUUAAACUGUCUUAAUGAGAGAGUUUAUCUUAUUGACUGACUGAAUUGGCCCAAACAGUCAGUGUCAAUGAACCUGUUCUAGUGUGAUGAAAAGAAAUUAUUUUUCUGGUUGUCUUUUCAUUGUUAUCUUGUUUCUUCAAGUUGCAACCUCUGUUUUGUUUUCAACACUUUGCAGUUAAGAUCAAUGAAAAUAUCGGACAAGGAGGAGAAGGAGAAGAAGAUGAAAUCCAAUUUGAUGAUUUUGAGGAUGAUGGAGAAGAUGAUGCUGAUAUUGAUGCAGUAAGUUUUUGUUGA